CCCUGGCUUGACAUGGUUUCCAUCGCACACGGCGUUUGCAGUUCGGGUUAAUGGCUCUCGGCACCCUCCGUGCCCCUGGGGACGCGGCUCCGGCGAGGGGGCCGCUCCAACCUGGCUGUUUUGCACACGCUGCCCUGCCAGGGGCCCUGGCCACAGGCUGCCUGGGGAAGUCCUGGCCCAGGCGAGCCCCAGCGGUGGAUGCCGAGGGAGGAGGAGUUUUGCUGCUGGGGCCGCCCAGCCCCUUUCCUGGGCGGGUGUUGAGGCUGAGGAGUUUAUAGCAGCUCUGCCUCGCCUCCCUCCCAGCUGCUUGCCAAAGGCCCAGCUGCACCAUGCCACCCUGCCGCCUGCUCUGCCUGCUGCUCGGGGGCUGUCUGCUCACGCACUGGGCGUCUGGCAGCGACUUGAACUGCACCCCAAAGCAGUAUCAGCAUGAUGGCAGGUGCUGCAGCCGCUGUGGACCAGGAGACAAGGUGUUGUCUGACUGCACGGCCUCGAAGAACACUGACUGCGGGGCGUGCGAGGCGGGACACUUCCAGUCCAGCUGGACCAAGGAGAGACACUGCACCCCCCACAAAUCCUGCGACCUCAACACUGGACUUCGCACGAGGAGCCCCGGGGACACGAAGCGCAAUGCCGUGUGUGAGUGCCAGCAGGGCAUGUACUGCUCCAGCCCCGACUGCCAGACCUGCAUGAACAUCACGAACUGCAAGCCGGGCGAAGGAGUCGCUCGGAAAGCCGACAACUUUUCAGACACAGCCUGCGUGCCGUGUGAACAUGGCAGCUUCUCCAACACCUCCUCCGCCUCCGAGCCGUGCCGCCCCUGGACGAGGUGUGAGACACUGGGGCUGGUGCUGAAGACGACUGGGACAAACCUCUUGGAUGUGGCUUGUGGUAAGUGCGAAGCGGCCCGUGGCUGUCAGCGUGCAACAGCUGUGCAGAUCCCAGAGCCUGGCCGUGGCCGUUCCCCAGUGCUGAUCUCCAUUAUGGCCAUUACUGCAGCCUGUCUCUUGGGGCUCACUGUCUUCUGCCUGUAUCAGAAAGGUCUCCAGCAGUGCACAAAGAAGCAGGGCCUGAAGCUGCCGGAUCCCGUGGAGAUUAUGGUGCUGGCACCGCCCCAGCAGCCAGCCACGGCGGGGUGCGAGGAGCACGAUGAGCGCCAGGACUUCCCUGUCCAGGAGACCCUGCUGGGGCGCCAGCCCGUGGCGCAGGAGGACGGCAAGGAGAGCCGCAUCUCGGAGCAGGAGAGGCUGUAAGGCCGUGUCGUGGGGAGCAUCUGCCUCCCCCAGCACACACAGCCAGGGCUGGCCUCCUCCGCCCAGCACACAGCAGGGCCCAGCCCAGGGCGCUGUGCCACGGGGCAACCCGCAGCCCUCCGCCCCUCCCUGCCUCGGCCCCGCAGGGUCAUCGGCGGGGGCAGAGAGACGGUGCCCAGCACAGCCGGGAGCAGAGCAUUCAUGGGCGCGUACAGAGAGUGGGGUGGAGCAGCAGCUCUCACCCUUUCCCGACGACUCCUGUACCCUUCAGGGGGCUGAUUUGUCUUGCGUACCCCGAGUUUCACCUCACAGAAAAGCGACUUGCUUGCAAAGUCAGACAUAGAAAUCCCAGAGGGUCCCAGCGCAAUGAACAAUGGCUGACUUUCUCAUUGUACCAUAUCAUUCUAAAAUAAAGCGACUGGAAUAUGAA